AUGGACCAGCAACUAAUCAACCUCGUCAACAAGCUCCAAGACGUGUUCACGUCUAUCGGUGUCCAGAACAACAUCGAUCUGCCGCAGAUCACUGUCAUUGGUUCGCAGUCCAGUGGCAAGUCGUCGGUGCUCGAGAACAUCGUUGGGCGUGACUUCCUUCCCCGAGGCACGGGUAUUGUGACACGCCGUCCGCUCGUGCUCCAGUUGAUCAACCGCCCCGCCACGUCGAAGCCAAAUGGCGCGGACAAGAAGGACGAGAAGGUUGAGGACGGGAUGGCCAAGUCGCGCAUUAACGAGAAUAACCCCGACGAGUGGGGAGAGUUCUUGCACCUCCCAGGACAAAAGUUCCAUGACUUUGCAAAGAUCCGCGAUGAGAUUGUACGCGACACGGAGAAGAUUACUGGCAAGAAUGCUGGUAUCUCGCCAAACCCCAUCAAUCUUCGCAUCUACUCUCCCAACGUCCUCACCCUCACGCUUGUCGACCUGCCCGGUCUCACCAAGGUCCCCGUCGGUGACCAGCCGCGCGACAUCGAGAAGCAGAUCAGGGACAUGUUGAUGCGCUUCAUCUCGAAGCCUAACGCCAUCAUCCUCGCCGUCACUGCAGCCAACACCGACUUGGCCAACUCAGACGGCCUGAAGCUCGCACGCGAGGUUGACCCUGAUGGAACGCGCACCAUUGGUGUGUUGACCAAGGUCGACCUCAUGGACCAGGGCACCGACGUUGUCGACAUUCUUGCCGGCAGGGUCAUUCCCUUGCGUCUUGGCUACGUGCCCGUCGUCAACCGUGGGCAGCGUGACAUUGACCAGUCGCGCUCGAUCGCCUCCGCGCUCGAGUCUGAGAAGAAGUUCUUCGAGACCCACCCCAGCUACGCCAGCAAGGCGCAGUACUGCGGCACGCCAUGGCUCGCGCGGAAGCUCAACAUCAUCCUCAUGCACCACAUUCGCAACACACUGCCGGAUAUCAAGGCGCGCAUCGCGGCACAGCUCGUCAAAUACCGCCAGGAGCUCUCUGCACUCGGUGGGCCAAUGGGCGAGACCAACCCCGGCAGCCUCGUGCUUUCGACCAUCACAGAGUUCUGUACCGAGUUCCGUUCAGCCAUUGACGGCAACACGAACGACCUGUCGCAGAACGAGCUGUCGGGCGGUGCCCGUAUCAGCUUUGUCUUCCACGAGUUGUACAACAACGGUGUCAAGAGCAUUGACCCCUUUGACCAGGUCAAGGAUGGCGACAUCCGCACGAUCCUUUACAACUCGUCGGGUUCGACGCCGGCGCUGUUCGUGGGCACGGCCGCGUUCGAAGUCAUUGUCAAGCAGCAGAUCCGCCGCCUCGAGGACCCGUCUCUUCGCUGCGCGUCGCUCGUUUACGACGAGUUGAUCCGCAUCCUCGGCCAGUUGCUCGCCAAGACGACUACGUUCAAGCGCUACCCCGAGCUCAAGGAGCGCUUCAACUCGGUCGUCAUCAACUUCUUCAAGAAUUGCAUGAGCCCCACCAACAAGCUGGUGGCGGACAUGGUCAACAUGCAGGCGACGUACAUCAACACGACCCACCCUGACUUCUUGAACGGCCACAAGGCCAUGGCCAUUGUGCAGGAUCGCCUGAACGCCAACAAGCCGCCUGAGAAGGUCGACCAAAAGAAGUCGACCAACCAGCUUCCUAAGGACCUCGAGGAGAAGAAGGAGGAGAGCUUCUUCGGUUCGUUCUUCUCCAAGGACAAGCCGAAGCGGAAGGGAGUCGCCGCAAUGGACGCACCUCCUCCGACCAUCCGGCCCGUGCAGCAGUUGAGCGACCGCGAGCUGAUGGAGACCGAGGUGAUCAAGCUCCUCAUCCGCUCCUACUUCAACGUCGUGUCGCGCGAGAUGAUCGACAUGGUACCCAAGGCCAUCUCGUACACGCUCGUCAACUACGCCAAGGAGAACCUCCAGCAGACGCUGCUCGAGGAGCUGUAUCGUCAGGACCUGCUUGAUGACCUGCUGCGCGAGUCACCCGAUGUCACCGCCAGGCGCAAGGAGGUUGUCAAGAUGGUCAAGGCACUCGAGACGUCGGAGGAGAUUGUCGCGGCCGUCUAA